AACAACAACGCGUCAACAAAACUCAUUUCACCUCCUCAGUGCAUCCCGGCUAUUACCAUUGGUAGAACCACCAGUAACUACCAGCGUGUUCCCCACGCGUCUCUCCAGUCUCUAAUGGACGUUGCUACCCUCCGUGCUGAAAUCAAGUCUUGGGAACGCGAGUUCAAAUCCCAGCAUGGCCGUGAGCCUACCAUCCAGGAAAUCAAGCAGUUGCCGGCAAUUGCGGAAAAGUACAAACUCUACAGGAAACUUUCCAAAAACGCUUCAUCUGCGUCCAGCUCUUCGCAAGUCCCUCUGCAUCCCCCUUCCAUGCCGCCAAAGUCUAAGCCACGUCCGUCAUCUUCGGCCAUCCUCUCCAAACCCCGUGCGGUCAAGACCGACGGUCCUCCAAUAACCUCUAAUCCAUUCUCUCCGGCGAAGAAAAGAAUCCAGCAUCGAGACCUGUCGCCGACGCCGUCUUUCUCCAUUCUACCUGAGCUCACACUUUCUGCUCGUGCGAAUCCAUUCAGCACGCCUCGCAAGAACAAGGACAAAUCGAAAUUAAAACCUCAUGCAGCUAAAAUUUCUCGGGAUCCGUCACCAGACCCAUUUCCCCUCAUUCAGCCAUUAAUGUCAACGUCCAUGCAACCACCACCUCCGCCAUCUUCGUCAUCGCAUUCCCAGCCUACCUCUUUCGUCCACCUCACCCCUCAAGACAAAUCAAAUGGUACUUCAUCCGCCGUAACGCGAGCACGAAAGCGUCUUCGCGGAGAGCCGGUCUCGCCCUCUCCUGUCAAAGAGAAACGCGCACGAGUAAUAACCUCUCAAUCUACCCUCAACUUCGUCAAAGGACAUGUCAAUGGAAGCAGAAGCUCUCGACUUCUAUUGGAUGAAGAUAGUGACCUCAGUGAUGGUCCCCACGGUCCCGGAGACGAUCCUAUCAUUGAGGAUGCGUCAUUCAUCGAGAACACACCUAUGAAACCUCCGGUAGGCGGUAAAGCGUUCAUACAACUCUUCGAAGAAGCCCCCGCACGGCAGAACCAAGACGUCAUCGCCGCAAGACAGCGGCCCAUUGCGCGAUCUCAAUCUCGUGUCACUAAAUCUAUUAUGAAUAAUGGUUUAUCUGGGAGUGUUGCUGAUAGGAACCACCGAAGGAAUCAGUCGAGGGCAUUGACCCCGGAUUCAGGCGAUGAUGAAGGUGAAUCGUGGGCUGGCGGAGGGAAGAAAAUCAAGGCACUGAGCCUCUCGGUCUCUGCCUCCGCCACCACGUCUGCAAACGGUCGUGUGAGUGGCGUAAAGCCGAAGGUCCAGAAGAAGCGCAUUCCGCAAGCGUUAUUACCAGGCAAGGACGACUUAUGGUCUGCAGUCGGUCCGUCUACGGCACCGAAAAACAACCCUCCCCCAGAAUUACCGAAACGUACCUCUGGCAUGAAGCGCACGUCAUCUGAUAUUGAGAUGGAUGGCCCUGAGAACGACAACGUUCCUGCUAUUUCAUCGACGUUGGCAUCAUCAAAGUCGCGAGACAAAUCGAAAUCUGGGGUGCAAUUACCUCCUUCACCUCCGCCGACGUCGAAAGCGGGCGCUCAAGCGAAGGGGAAAGGGAAAGCAAAGGCGCUGCAAAGUGUGGCUGCGAUCAGUCGCAAGAAAGCAAGGCUUUUGAAGGAGUUAGGCGAUAGUGAAGACGACGAUGCGGAGAAUGAAGAUGAUAGCAAUGAAGAUGCCAAUGUGAAAGUUGUCGACUGGAGUUGGAGGCACAGACAUCUUUCUAGGGAUGGAAGCGAACCAGCACCGGCAGGUUCAGACGAAGACUAUGACCCAACAAGUCGACUACUACACCCUCAAGCCUCUUCAACGUCUUUUGCUCCUCCGGUAUCUACUGAAGUAGAGGGCACAUGCGAGAUCAACCUUCCCUCCGACUUGCAACGCGUCCUUGCACUCUCGCCAACUCAUACUAAUGCUCUGGUCCGCGACAAAGCUGAAGAGAAGGUCGUAAAGGAACUGUUAUAUGGGAGUCGAGAGAUGCAUUAUGAUCCUAAGCGGGGCGGUAUUAUUUGGGACGUUGGUGAGGAUGAUCAGAGUGAAGGUGUGGAAGGUGGUGAAGAUGAUUGGGAAGGUGAACCUGUCCCUUGGGAGGUUGGGGAGUUAUGAACGUGUAUUUACGUAAAAUAGAAUUCUGAAAUUGUGUCAGCACAACAGUCAAUGUUACUUCCAUGCAUGCAAGUUCGUACUUAUUCUAUAUAUACUGCGGUCAUUACGAUAUC